AUGCCUUUAACCGACCCAAGGGCCGGUAGCUGCUUGGUAUGGCUCGUCUCCUCCAUCUUACUCGCCGCUACUCUAACCGGCGGCAUCUUCCUUUCCGUCUACAUUAUCUUUCCCGAACCCAGACCGUGGCUUCCCGUUGCCGGGGUCUCCCUCGUAUGCCUUCCCUGGUUCUUCUGGUUUCUCACCUUCCUAUACCGCGUCUUUUCCCAACUGUGCGGAGGUAGGGCAGGCGGUGGGGGCACUGGUGGGGGCGCCGGCGGCGGUAACGGUGGGAAUAACAUUAAUGUUGCAAACGCAAUGAGUACUGGGGAUGCUCCUCCGCCGGAGGAGGGCAGGCCAAGCGGGGAUGAGGAGGAUUCGCCGGUGGUUUCGCCUGGAACGGGAGCAAGGCGCGUUCAUUUCGGAGGCGCAGUGGUGGUGGGGGAUCACCGUCCACUCCAAGAUGGGCACGACAAUCCGCCGGAAACCAAAAGCAUAAACCAAAGCACCGUCUCAACGUCGUCCAGCAAUUCCGACAACAAUAAUUCCUUCGCAUCGCAUGAGAGUGAAAUGCCCUUGACAUUAUCAAUGGCUUCUUAA